ACCGCUGCGUCACUCGGUGGUGGCGAUGGUGCGUGUGUGUAGGGGGCGGGGGAUACGCUGGGCGCGUCCCCGGGGUCACGUGGUGCGCAGCGCGCACAGUCCUUCUGUCGGUUGGUCCUGGAGCGGCGCAGCAGGAGCGGGGCCGUGAGGAGAAUAAAAGCAGCCCUGUUGAUGACUGAAAAUGACAAAGCAUCCACCUAACAGACGAGGAAUCAGCUUUGAAGUGGGAGCCCAGUUGGAAGCUCGGGACCGUUUAAAGAACUGGUAUCCGGCUCACAUUGAAGACAUUGACUACGAAGAAGGGAAAGUUCUCAUCCAUUUCAAGCGUUGGAACCAUCGUUAUGAUGAGUGGUUUUGCUGGGACAGUCCUUAUCUCCGCCCUUUAGAGAAAAUCCAGCUGAGGAAAGAGGGCUUACAUGAAGAGGAUGGAUCUUCUGAAUUUCAAAUAAAUGAGCAAGUGCUUGCUUGCUGGUCUGACUGCCGAUUUUAUCCAGCCAAAGUCACUGCUGUGAACAAGGAUGGUACUUACACUGUGAAAUUUUAUGAUGGAGUAGUUCAAACUGUCAAACAUAUUCAUGUCAAAGCUUUUUCCAAAGAUCAGAAUAUUGUGGGUAAUGCUAGGCCUAAAGAAACAGAUCACAAAAGUCUUUCAUCGCCAUCUGAGAAACGAGAGAAGUUUAAAGAGCAGAGAAAAGCCACGGUCAACGUGAAGAAAGACAAAGCGGAAAAAGCGUUCAAGACAGAAAAGCGGCCCAAACAGCCUGACAAAGAGGGAAAGCUGACCUGCUCAGAAAAGGGCAAAGUUUCAGAGAAAAGCCUUCCCAAGAACGAGAAGGAAGAUAAGGAGAACAUUUCCGAGAAUGACAGGGAGUACCCUGGGGAUGUCCAGGUGGAAAAGAAGCCUGAAAAUGACCUUGUGAAGAGUCCACAAGAGAGCCUGAAGGAGCCAAGAAGAAAACGAGGCAGACCCCCUUCCAUAGCUCCUACUGCUGUAGAUUCAAACUCUCAAACUUUGCAGCCAAUAACAUUGGAAUUGAGAAGACGGAAAAUAUCAAAAGGAAGUGAUAUCCCGUUAAAACGUCCCCGACUUGACAAAAAUUCAUCCCAGGAACAGUCUAAAAAUCGCUCUGAAAACAGUGACAAAGAUUUGUCCAGGAGACGGUCCUCCAGGCUGUCCACUAAUGGGACCCAUGAGAUCCUAGAUUCGGACUCGGUUGUACCUGAUCUGGUUCAUACGGUUGAUACGAAUCCUCUACAAGACAAGUCAUCCAGUGCCAAGGAGUCUGCCGAAGGUCAGUUGAAAUCUCCAUUGGAAGCUGGCCAGGUCUCAUCUGUAUUAACUUGCCACUCCUUUGGGGAUGGACUGGGGGCUGCAGGCUUGGAGGUGAACUGCAAGACAAUGGGAGAAAACACCAUGAAAACAGAACCGGCGUCUCCUCUUGCUGAGGCACAGGAGGUUUCGACUGUUGAAGUUCCAAAUACUUUGAAGAAAGCACAUGACUUUGUGACAUUGAGUGUGCCGUCUGUGGACCUAGAUCACAAGUUUCGAUGCAAGGUUGUAGACUGUUUGAAAUUUUUCCGCAAGGCUAAACUGCUGCACUAUCAUAUGAAGUAUUUCCACGGGAUGGAGAAAUCACCAGAGCCAGAGGAGAGCCCAGGGAAGAGGCAUGUACAAACUCGGGGCUCUGCAGUGCCUGACAAGGCUAGCCAGGAGAGCCUGACCAGGAAGCGAGUCUCUGCCAGCUCCCCAACUGCAAAGGAGAAGGAAAAGAACAAAGAGAAGAAAUUCAAAGAGCUUGUGAGAGUGAAGCCAAAGAAGAAAAAGAAGAAGAAAAAGAAAACCAAGCCUGAAUGUCCCUGCAGUGAAGACAUCAGUGACACCUCCCAGGAACCUUCUCCACCCAAAGCAUUUGCUGUCACCAAGUGUGGGUCCUCACACAAGCCUGGGGUCCAUAUGAGCCCACAGCUCCAUGGUUCAGAUAAUGGAAACCAUAGAGGGAAACUGAAGGCCUGUGAGGAGGAUAAUCUGAGCGAGUCCUCUUCUGAGAGCUUUCUUUGGAGUGAUGAGGAAUAUGGCCAAGAUGUUGAUGUGACCACCAACCCAGAUGAAGAGCUUGACGGUGAUGACCGCUAUGAUUUUGAGGUGGUCCGCUGCAUCUGUGAAGUCCAGGAGGAAAAUGACUUCAUGAUUCAGUGUGAAGAAUGCCAGUGCUGGCAGCAUGGCGUCUGCAUGGGACUACUGGAAGAAAAUGUACCCGAAAAAUACACCUGUUACAUCUGCCAAGACCCUCCAGGUCAGAGGCCUGGCUUCAAGUACUGGUAUGACAAGGAGUGGUUGAGCCGGGGACAUAUGCAUGGCCUGGCAUUUCUAGAAGAGAACUACUCCCAUCAGAAUGCCAAGAAGAUCGUGGCCACCCAUCAGCUUCUUGGUGAUGUACAGAAGGUGAUUGAGGUUCUUCACGGCCUGCAGCUCAAGAUGAGCAUCUUGCAAAGCAGGGAGCAUCCCGAUCUGCAGCUGUGGUGCCAGCCCUGGAAACAGCACUCUGCAGAGGGGAGAGUGCAUUCCAGACACAUUCACAUCACAGACACCAGGAGCAAGGAGGAAUCCCCGAGCUAUAGAACUUUGAAUGGGGCAGUGGAGAAGCCGUUGCCCCUGCCCCGGUCUGUGGAAGAGUCCUAUAUCACCAGUGAACACUGCUACCAGAAGCCCCGCACCUAUUACCCUGCUGUGGAGCAGAAGCUGGUAGUGGAGACGAGAGGCUCUGCUCUUGACGAUACAGUCAACCCCCUCUGUGAGAAUGGUGAUGACCCCCUCUCCCCUCGCCUAGGCUGGCCUCUUGACCAAGACAGGAGCAGAGGCGACAGUGAUCCUAAACCCUGCUCCCCAAAGGUGAAGGAAUACAUUGCCAAGAAGGUCCUGCCGGAAGAAGCCCCUGCUCGGAAGCUGCUGGACAGAGGUGGAGAAGGGCUAGUGAGCUCACAGCACCAGUGGCAGUUCAACCUGCUGACACAUGUGGAGUCUCUUCAGGAUGAAGUGACGCAUCGGAUGGACUCCAUUGAGAAGGAGCUGGAUGUACUGGAGAGCUGGCUGGACUACACUGGGGAACUGGAGCCCCCAGAGCCACUGGCCAGGCUUCCACAGCUCAAGCACUGCAUCAAGCAGCUGCUGACUGACCUGGGCAAGGUGCAGCAGAUUGCCCUCUGCUGCUCGACGUGAAAUUGGGCACCCAAGACAAUUGGAGCACAAUCCUAGCACUUCUGCUGGGGGGGGAGCUUCGCAUAUUUAAGUAAAUAAACUUAGCAUGCUGAAUGCACGUGACACUGACUGACUUCAGGGAUUUGGCCAGGAGUGUGAUGGACACUGGGACAAAGAGACCAUGUGGCUGCUGGAGGACAGGGCACUCUUGCUCUCGAAGCUGACCAUGAAGGCAGCGCAUCGUCAGAGCCCCCUUCUGUGCACACUGUUGAACAAAGCAACUCUUUGCACAUCCUCACUUGGAAUCGUGCCGCUGAUGAUAAGUGGGUGAGAGCCAAACAACAGAAAAAUCUUCUAGCCGGAGACAGUUGUGAAUCCCGUUUGCAGUUUACUUAAUUGACUUCUGGGCCAGGUUGAGGCAUGUGCCAAUUCCUCUGGUUUCUCUGCCUGGCAUGGUACAGGGCAGCAGGCACCAUUUUCAUCUUCCAGCUCCACUGGAAUGUGGGACUUGACUGUGCCGUGCAGUUUGGGGAGGAGGAGCAGGCCCUGAUGGCACUGCUUCCAAGACUUCAUUUUCUCCCACGUCUCUUGCAUGAUUUCACGGUACAGGGGAUAAGAUUUUAUGUUUUUUUACCCCAGAGGUGUCUGAGCUUUGGCUUUGGCAGCCAGGCCGAAACUGCUGAAGGGGAACUAGAAUCUUGCUGUAGGGAGACUCUACAAGGAAUUCCAGAAGGAAGCAGGCAGGGUCUGGAACCCAAAGGACAGCAUUUUCUACCCACUUAUUAAUUUCAACCACUCCCCACGUCUAUUUAAAGUUAAAAAAAAAAGUUUCCCAAGACUUUGAACUUUGACUGUAUUUGUUACAAAGAACACGGGAAUCCCCUUAUUCUGAUCAUCAUCAGCAACUUGAGUCUGUGUGUCGAUUCCCUCCUCGGGAGGCUAGUGUGGGAACUGGCGUCUUCAGGGUUGCUGGUGCCCUUUAACACUUCCAAUUAACUGUUUGUAUUACUUGUGAGAUCAAGGUGAUGAUGCUGCUUAAGGUCCAGGUACAGCCUGAUUGUACCUUCGGAGAGAAUAUUUGUGUUACUUCACAGGUUCUGUUUCCAUGUGUAAUUGCUGUAUUUUUUUUUUUUUUUUUUUUUUUUUUUUUUACCUUACUAGGCCAAGUUUAAAAGGCUCCAAGCUUUGAGGACUUCAUUUUACCAGGUUUUGCAUCACUAAAGGCAAAUAUCAAAGUACAUUUAUCCAUCAACACCCACAGGCUCAUCAUGAGUUUUGGAAUCUGGAAUGUUUUAGGCGGCAAAUAUUUACUGUGUAAACAUCAGGGAGCCAGUGUCAGUAGCUAGCAACAGCAGCAUCUCCAGCUGCCUUGGCAGUGGGUAAGCUUCAGGCCUAAUAGGUCAUUGUGGCCACGAAUUCAGGCCUGUGUACAGAGGGGUUUCAGGGAAUGAAUGCCCAAUCUAGUGAUUUGUUCACCAUCUGCUAUAAAAUGAGCUGCAGGGCAAGCGUGAGUUGACCUAACCUAGCUUAGGGAGUGUGUGACACAUAGUGAAGCCAACACAGUUCCUUACAAAAGGCAGCUUCCCACUGCUAACAUGUUUCUGAUGUGGGAAGGAAUUCUCUAGGAGUCCAUAUAAUAUUGGUGUUCUGGGUAAUUUAUUAGAUAGCUGCAUCUUGAGAACUGGAUGAUGAAAGGGGAAAAGCCAAGAUAAUUGUCUAUUGCUACAACUGUGUGAGGUAUGAUGAUUGUUACAUUGAUACUGAUUUGAGGGCCCGAGAGAUGGCUCAGUUGGUAAAGGUGCCUGCUGACCUGAGUUUGACCCCAGGACCCACAUAGUAGAGAACUGACAUCUUGAAGUUGUCCUCUGAUACACAUACACACAAUAAACAAAUGUAAUAAAGGUUUUUAAAUUAAGGGUUUUUUUUUUCUUUUAUGUAACUGCUCUUGAGUGUCACAUCUGGGGAAGCUGUAACUUUGAAAGCAGUCAAUUGGGUCUUGUUCAAAGAUGGAAGCAGAACUGAUCCUAAUUUUCCCAGGUGGUCAUUGCUGGCUUCAUCAUUUAGGUAUUGUAAAGGAAGUGAUCUGAUUUCAUUGUGACUUUUGUUCUUAGGGAAGCAAAGCAGACUCCCCAUGUUCUGAUAACCUCAGUUCUUCCCUAACUUAAAGCCAUGUUGAGGGGCUCCACUCCCAGUUCCUGGGUCACAAAGAAUUAACCCCUGAGGUGGAGUAAACAAUGCAGAUACCAUUUAGAGAGACGUGCUACGUUCUGUCUGCUGAGAAAACUCUCCACCUUUAGAAAGCCGCCGUGACACAACAGCUCUGGUUUGAUCAGUCGUUUAAGUAUGUGUGCAAGGUGGAUCCUGGCUGAGCCAAUUGCACUAUGGAUACGUAUCUGUGUUUACGAGCUAUUAGAAGGCACUGUACAUAGGAGUGUUGCUCUCAAGCAAUAUUUGCAAAACAUGCAAACCUCUGUAUCUGGAUAAAAUAAAACAGGUUCUUGUUACUA